AUGUCACGCUCCCUCUGGCUUCUGCCACUGAGCCUGCUGGUUCAGUUAGGUGGACCUUCGGAGUUCGAACGAACGGACCAAGCCUAAGACCAUAGCUGGCCCUGUUUUUAGGAGACAAACCAGACCCGAAGUAUGGCGAGUCGUGACCCUAAGUCGUGAUCUCGGACAAUCUUAGAAUCUGAUCUACGUUCACUCAUGACAUGUAGUCCCUUCCUAGGCAUCUCAAUGUAGUGGUAGUACAAACGAGUGCGCUUCGUCUUGGGUUCAACGGCAUUGUAAUAGAUUGUUCCUAACAUUCCAGCUAACUGCAUAUAUCUACAUUAUUUUCCCCUAUUCGUUCGGGUAUAGUUAGUUUUCUCACUCGUUAUAACGCCUCCCCGCUUCGAACAUCACCACGUAGCUCAAUCUUCAACCCAAAUCGCGUAAAUAAUCGCUCGUCACGAAUAAUCGUUUCGCGAAUGUUCGCCCUUCGCGAAAGCUUUUCGCCGCGGCGAGGCUCGUGUUGAUGGAGGCUCGUCGAUGGCCAAUGGAGAAGCUCCUACCUCCAACGGCUACAUGCAAGCGACCGCCGCUCCUCCCGCUCCCCCCGCUCCCCGACCCAAGCUCCACUCUUCCACCCCUCCCCCAUCGGCUAAAGCGCAGCUUGCUUCCGCCAAGCCGCAACCCGCUUCCGCCAAAGCGCAACCUGCUUCCGCCAAACCGCAGCCUGCUUCGGGCAAAGCGCAGCCUGCUUCGGGCAAAGCGCAGCCUUCUUCAGGCAAAGCGCAGCCUGCUUCCGCCAAAGCGCAACUUUCUUCCGCCAAAACGCAAACCCCUCCCGCCGCCAUCACAGCCGCCGUUGCCGCCGCUGCAGCCGCCUGCGCCAGUGCUAGCGCCGCCGCCGCAGCGGCGCCAGACGCAGCUUGCGCAGCACCCGCGCCUUCUGCCGCCGCCUUUUCUGAGCCGCCUCGAGAGUCGCCUUCUGCCGCCGCCGUUUCCGAAGCGCCUAAAGAUUCGCCUUCUGCAGCCGCCGCUGCUGCAACGGCGGCACCGACGCGGGCGGCGACGCCACCUUUGCCGCCGCCGCCGGCUCUUCCGCCGUCGCCCGCUCUUCCGCCGCUGCAUGUGCAGCUGCAGCUGCUGCACUUCCCUUGCUUGUCGGAAGCAUGGACGGCUGAGGAGCAGCGGCUGCUGGAUCAAGGGCUCGCAAGGUUCCCCCCUGACCAGUUCCCACCUGCCCAGCGCUACCUCAAGAUCGCAGCGUCGCUGCCAGAGAAGACAGCCCGGGAGGUGGCCCUGCGCUGCAAAUGGCUGCAGAGGAAGGAGAUGGGGAAGAGGCGGAGGGCGGAGGAGACAUCAGCAGCCAAGAAGCCAAAGGACAAGAAGGAACAGGAUCAGCGAGGGGACACUGCAGCAGGCGGAGGGGGGACAGGGGGGGCGGGGGGGGGAGGGGGCCACGGCUCGAUUAAACAAGAAGCAGCAGGUGCUGGGGAUGCUGCUGGGACAAGAGGAGGGGGGACAGGUGCAGCUGGUGCAGGUGUAUCUAGUGCGGCAGGUGCAGGUGGGGGUGAUGGCUGUGCUGCUGCCGAUACGCAGACAGAUGGAGCCGACCACAGUGGCAGCCUGCUAUCGGGGGACCUGUCGCCAGACAGGCUGCUGGAACACAAUGUGGAGAUCAUCUCGCACAUCAAGGCAGCGCUUGCAGCAAACAAGUCCCAGGAGUGCAACGACCUCCUGGUUCGGCUAAGAGACAACAUUCUCUCGGUCUUUCACAGGAUGACCUCAGUGCCCGGCGCAAUGAGCCAGAUGCCGCCUCUCCCAGUCAAGCCUAACCUAGACCUCGCCUGCCAAGUCCUCUCUCCCUCCCCAUCCUCCUCCCUCAUCCCCAUCUCCAUGCCUCCUGGCCUCUCUGCUACAGCCAUCCCCACUACAGCCGGCCUGCCAGCAGCAACUGGACCAGCGGCUACAGCUGUGCCAGCUGCUGCAGGCUUGCCCGCUACAGCCGGCCCAGCCUCAGCCAUGGGGGGCAUGCCUGUCACAGCAGGCGUGCCUACUACAGCCGUCCAUGCUACAGCCAUGCCGGGCCUGCCUGCUACAGCCAUGGGUGCUGCAGGAAUGGGGGGGAUGGGGGGAAUGGGGGGGAUGGGAGGCAUGGGGGGAAUGGGGGGCAUGGGGGGAAUGGGGGGGAUGGGGCCCAUGGGGGCCAUGAGGGGAGCGCCUGGUUUGCCCAUGGGUAUGCCCAUGCCCAUGGCUAUGAUGCCUGCCAUGGGGCCACCGCCCGGGGCAGGAGCCAUGUCGCAAUGACUGCAAGUACAUAUCGAGGUUCAGUACCUGCAAUCGAACCCUCGACAUAGCUGGUCACCUGUCGCCAUGCAUAAAUUCUUGCAUCUCAUACAUUCUGCCUCCUCCCUUCUCACGGCAUCUCUUCCCCCCCUCCAUCGCGCUAACUUCCCCCCUCCGUCCUUCUCACUAACCCGCUCCAGCCCCACCUCCUCUCAUUCCCCUCCCUCUCCUCCCCCUCCCGCUUGCUCCCUGCUUCGGACGCAUGUCUCUGCACAAUAGCCACAGUCACAGAGAGGCUCAGAAAUCUGGCCUUUACCCUGCUAGCUGCCUCCUACGCUGCAUGCUGCAGCAGUCAUGGCUCAGGCAGGGCCGCACGCCAGUGUCCCCAGAACCGGGGUUCGGGUUGGGGUCAGGGUCGGGUCGGGGUCUGCCAACAGUGUAGACUGUAGCGGGCUUAUGUUCUCCAUCAUUCUCCAUGCCUGCAAGAGGCAGCUGGAAUAGAUGGAUGGCUGGUGCUGCUGUGUGCUGCUUGCUGCGUGCUGCAGCUAUCUCAUCAGCGCAGGGCCACUUGAUGCGGUUUAGUCUGGUCUGGUCAUACUGGCACUUCUGGUGCGGUGUUUUAGUUGAUGGUGCUUCAGCUGCUAGCAGUCUAGCUGUUGAUGCUGCUGCUUCUCCUGGAUUUAGACAGCUUGCGAAGAAUGCUUUAUAUUCUAUUGGCGAAUGCCAUAGGGGGAAUUGGAGCUAUUUUGUCAGAAUAUCAUAAAUGCCCUUAUUCUUC